GACUCCCGUUCACUCCUUGAAGGAGAGCGCUCCUUGUCCCAGAAUGCAUUAUGCGGCCCAUUGACGACGCAUGGGCAAAUUACAAGAAAGGUGUUAAUACGAUUCAAUUGUGUUUCCCAUCUCCUCAAAAAUGUCUCUGAGCGCAUGCAGAAGAGAUGGGACAGUUUUGUAAAAGAGCAUCUGAUUGGUAGUUUCGGUAGCCAUGUUUUCAACCUCCAGUUACCUCUGUUGUUUUAGCUAGCUAGUUGUUUAUCUGGUUAGCUAGCCGUCGUCAUUUUUAUUGCUAUUUUUUACACAAUUCAGUUCGCAAACCCUUUCCUCGAAUUUUAUAAGAGCACUAACGUUAUGCCGGUGCACGCCCGUGAAAAGAAAGAAAGCAACCACGAAGAAAUGGAGGUUGAUUUUCCCGAGCAAGACGCUAGCAGCACCGAUGAAGAGGACACUGUCAGCUCUUAUGUAUCCGAAGAUGGAGACAGCUCGGAUAUGGACGACGAAGACUGCGAGAGGAGACGAAUUGAAUGCAUGGACGAAAUGACUACCCUCGAGAAGCAAUUCGGUGACUUGAAAGAACAGUUGUACAAGGAGAGGCUAAGUCAGGUGGAUAUAAAGCUGAAGGAAGUGAUAGCUGGCUGUGCCCAAGAGUAUCUGGAACCACUGGCCAACCUGCAGGAGAAUAUGCAGAUCAGGACCAAAGUAGCUGAUGACCUACCUACCAGCUCCCUGGGGAUCUACAGAGAGCUGUGUCUGGAGUCUGUGAAGAACAAGUACGACUGUGAGAUCCAGGCUGCCUGCCAACACUGGGAGAGUGAGAAGCUGUUGCUGUUUGAUACCGUGCAGAGUGAGUUAGAGGAGAAGAUCAGACGCCUGGAGGAGGACCGCCACAGUAUCGACAUCACCUCAGAACUUUGGAAUGAUGGUUUACAUUCACGGAAGAACAAGAAGAAGGAUCCGUUCUGCCCUGCCAAGAAGAAGAAGCCUGUUGUCGUCUCAGGUCCAUAUAUUGUUUAUAUGCUGCAAGACCUAGAUAUACUUGAAGACUGGACAGCAAUACGAAAGGCACCACAGGCGAUGGCGUCGUUAGGGCCGCACAGGGUUAAGGUUGACGUCCCUACCAAGGCUGACAGACACCACCAUGUGGCGAGGUCUGAGGAGGGCAGACUGUUCUAUGACAGCCAGUGGUACUGCAGAGGACAGGCCAUAUGCAUCAACAGGAAGGACGAAUACCCCACCAGUGCCAUGAUAACCACCAUUAACCAUGACGAGGUGUGGUUCAAACGGCUGGACGGCAGCAAGUCCAAGUUGUACAUCUCUCAGCUGCAGAAAGGCAAAUACACCAUCAAACACUCCUAAUGUCCCUCACGGCUUGCCGUACUUUCUCUCCCUGGAAAACAAAUAAUGAACUUCAGUGCCAUAAGAUCCUGUCCCUUACUUUCAUUGCUGUAAGGGGAAACAUACUCCUCCAUUGUGUCAGUGGUCUUCGCCAACUCUGGUCCUGGAGAGCUAUAGGUCAGGGUGUGUAGGGUUUUGCAAGGUUGGUGACUAACUACUGCUUUCUCGAAAUAUGUAUGUAUGUUACUAAUAUCUGCGAGGCCUCCAAGUGUCGUUCCUUCUCUCGAUACUAGAAGAGAAAGAAGCAAGUGCUGCUAAGAAGGGAUGAGUUGCUGUUGUGAGUAGUGGUGGUGUUGUAGUGUGCCUUUUUAACAAGAUGCAUACUGUCCUGAACUAACUCAAUGCAGUGAAGCCUUAGUUCCUACGGCCUGUGAGAACAGUACUAGGAUCAAGUCAAAGCGGGUAAUUUUGUGAUCGAGUGAGUAAAUGGAAACCUACAGUGUACCAUCCAGGUUAAGAAUGAACCAUUAGCAUUUCCUAAGCACUGAGAUCGCAUCUGUUUCUCCGGCAGGCUGGCACAGCCAAUAGUAUGUUUGCCCUCUGUACAGAACCCUUGUUGAGAACUCUGUUGGACACUUUGUCAGGAAAAACCCAUGUCUUAACUUCACUGUGAGCCCAGUAGCCAUCUGCCUCUUGUAGUGUACUUUGGGAGAAUCUCAAUUGCAUAUUCCUCACGUCCUCUCUCCUCACCUCCUUCUCAAAACCCAUUGGAGGAGAAAGCCUGGGUCCCUCCCCUCUGACCUUCUUCAAUGGGUGUUGAGAAGGAGUCUAGGAGAGAGGACAUGAGGAGUAUGCGAUUUGAGAUUCUCCCUGUUUUUGUGCCAUCUUCCCUCCCUGUGAAGCGCUCCCUGCGUCUCUAUGCUCUACCUUUCGCAUGAAGUGCUCACUUGUGCACUGCUCCCUACCCAUGCCAGAGGUAUCUGAUGACAUUGAGAUGGGUCUAAGUGUCUGAUUGUUGUACAAUCCCGUCCAUGCAAUCCCAUCCACUCUUUUGCACAUUAUUGGAUAGAGGGAAAACAUGUGUGUAUAUAGUCAUGUAAUGCUGUUUCGACCUCUUAUGUAGUCAUGUGGUCCUUCACAUUCACAGCAGUAUCAUCUGUAUACAAGUAUCAACUGUCAACAGUAUUGCAUUUAGAAGAUUCUCAACAUGUUAGGAAUUGUAUAGAGAUGUUACACGCUGUAAUGUUGCGAGUGUUUUCAUAAAAAAAUUUUUUUGCAGCCAAUGAACAAGGUCUGUCAUAGUACGAUUAGGCCAAAUGUUACAGUGCCAUGAAUUGAAAAGUAGUCCUGCACUUGUCCUCUUUUAUUUGUCAAGUAUGGAUUGUUAUUUAGUGUUUUUCUGUUUGGUUUGUAGUAAAUCAUAACGAUCAACCACUACACUACGUUUGCUUUUCAUAUCAUGCGGGAGGAAAAUAUUAAUACAACUUUGUGUCAUAGUGCCAAUGCAUGUACAGCAAAUUAAAUGUUUAAUUUUGUAUGUAAA